AUGAUUCAGCUUAGCACCUCUCCUUCUGCGGUCGACUUUCCGUCGACCGACCCGUUUGCACCCGCUGCGUCUCCAAUGCCACGGCCUCCACACCUUCCAUUUCGUCGUAUUUCGUUGCCAACCGCGCCUAAUCUGCUUCAUAGGCAGUCGGUCGUCAGUACUGCCUCCUUUGAUUCGCUCCCGGAGGAGGGCAGUUCCCCCGUUUCGCCGUUACCCGCUGCCAACCGAAGCUCGUCGAAGAGAAUGAGAUCGCGCCCAUUGCCCUCGGAAUCUCCCAAGAAAGCGCACAGGAAGAAGGAGCUCCCGCCAGUCGACGAGGAGAGAGAGAUAAAGAGGAGAAAGAUCAUCGAGGAGUUCUAUGCGACAGAGCGGACAUACGUUGAGGGUUUGGAUUUGAUUUAUACGUGCGAUCCCGUCGAUAACUGGAAGCACAUUGUCAUGUUUGAUUUGUUACAUAUCAUUCGGGCUUUGCGCGUUAUCGGACGAGUUUCGCUGACUGAACCUACUUUGCAGCAUUUCUUGACACCCAUAAUAGCAGCUUUGGAUACACCUCAGCCGUUACUCACUCGGUCGGAACUCACUUCCGUUUUUUCGAACUUCAUUGACAUUUGGAACCUUCACCGUUCUUUUUUCUCGUCCCUGACGGAUCACCUCCAUUCCUCUACAUCUCGGAACUCGCAGGAUUCUCCUGCCGCAUUGUCCCCCGUCCUUCUUUCUCACUUUCCUUACCUGUCUCUGUAUACGCCUUUUGUUACCUCAUUUCAUACAUCCGUCACUUCCCUCACAGUUCUACUCACAUCUAAUGCGGCUUUCUCCGCCUUUUUGGCGAAGCAAGAAGCUGACCCUCGUUGCGGAAAGCUGAGGCUCCGAGAUUGGCUCCUCACGAUCGUACAAAGAUGUCCCAGGUACCUCCUCUUACUGAAAGAUCUUAUUGGGUGUACAGCAGCUGAAGAUCCCGAGCGUGCGUCUCUGACGGCGGUACAUACCCUCGUUUCGAAGAUAACCGUAUCCCUUAAUACCUCACUGCAUACUCAUGCACAAACGCUCGCGCUACUUUCUCUCCAGCGCAGCACCCCCAACCUCCCUUUCCAACUCAUUACGCCUGGCCGUACCUUCCUCAAACGCGGCACGCUCUUGCAGCUCGAACGUUCUUCUCUUCCAAAGGAACGCGAUUUCCUCCUCUUCUCCGACUGUUUGGUCUGGCUUGCAAACCUGGACAGAAAUGACCACGAGCUUGCAGAGCGCUGGGACUGGCUUGGCGGUGGAGGUGCCGCCUCCGCAGGCAAGGGGCGAGCUAAUGGACGUCCUGAGAUGUCUCGCUCAAGGAGUCGUAGCGAAGCUGAACUUGGGUCGUUGCGUGAUCGUGCGAGAAACUCUUAUGCUCGCUCUCCCUCAAGACAAGGUCAUGCCGUCGCUAGCCCCUCGAAGAUGAAGAAAAGACAGGCGAGUAGUGGUACAAGCGACGAGAGAUGGUGGUACAAAGGGCGCGCAGAACUUGUGGAUCUUGACAUUGUGAUCAAUCCGCCAACUGAGCUCAGCGAGAGCACACGAUUCGAGUUGCUGAGCCCAGAGAUGUCGUUCGCAGUGUAUGCAUCCAGCGAACAGGAACGGGAUGAAUGGGGCAAAGCUAUCCGCAACGCCAAAGCUUCGUUACUGGUUUCAUUGAAUGUCACUCAGCCCAAUUCGACUCUGACCUCUUCUGCAUCGACAAAUCAUUUACGUCGAGCGUUGCAGGCGUUACCACAUCCACCUGAGCAGGACAGUCGCUUGCCCAGGAGAGGCAAAGUCGAACAUUUCGUUCCAGCCAUAUGGAUUCCAGAUGGUAAGACGGAGAGCUGUAUGCGCUGUGGACGGACGUUUGGCUGGCGAAGGCGGAGGCAUCACUGUAGGCUUUGCGGACGCUGCGUCUGUGCGGCAUGUUCUGGCAGUACGUUCUUUAUAUCCGACCCAAAUGCCAAGGAUUCGAAUAAAUCUGCCCGCGCAUGCGAUGCCUGUUACGAUACUGUUUUUCCCGUCCUCGAUCGCUCGGCUUCCCCUCCUCCUCCGCCCUCAUAUACCCUUUCAGGUUUCACAUCUUGGCAAUCGAUGCCGGCGCUCGCCAUGCCCAAUAGUCCCUCACGUCCAGCAUCCGCACUUAUGGCCAUCGACAUCAGUAGUCCUAAACGGGCAUUGGCACGAAUCGAUGAUGUAUCGGAGGGCACGCGCACCCCGGCAUCCCAGUUCGACGAUAUCUUUAGGUCAGACAUCAGCAUCGGCGACAGUCCUUCCCGCCCAGUGGUCCGUGUCAGACCACCACCCUCGCGCCCGCGCAGUUUCUAUCAGAUCCUGGAAGACUUUCAUGACCAUACUCUGGAGAGCGCUUUGCCGCCCUCCAGCCCAAGUGCGUCUCACUUCACGGCACGCACAGAUGAGUCGUCAGGCCCGGAGCACGAAUUUCAGCUACAGUUGCACUCGCCAUCAUCGCUCUCCCUCGCCGGACCAGCGUCGGAUGCGGGAGGGGGCGGAAUGAGUUUGCCUACCACCCCACGUCGCGAGGACACAGCGAGGAGGAGCAAGCGGUUCUCGAUGCCUGCUAUCGCAUUGCAUACGACGCCUGUGACGGCGCGUCCGAAGACAACAGGUGAGGGGAUUGCCAAGCGGUUUUCGCUCGUGCUCGGGGGGCGCGGAACUAGUCGAGAGAGAAAGAAUGGCGCAGAUACGGAUGGUGGUGGGCCUUCCUCGACCCUAGAAGACUCGCCGGUGAGGAGUGCUGCCGCAGUGAGAUUAGGCGAAUUGCUUGGGAGGCGGAAAGGACAACAAGGACAUUGAUUGAACCCGUGGACGAUGUUAUUGAGGAGCGAUAGACAAUAUACUUACACGCGGCAGCCGCCUGAAUACUGCAGUUCGGAAAUCGCAUGAAUUGAUGAACAUACAUGAUUUUUCUGAAUUUAAUGGUACAGAAUUAUGCAGCAGUGACACGAGCAAUACCAGUACAACGUCCGACGCCAACGCUAAAAGCACAGUGAUCGAUAGCAGGCUCCCAACGUUCAUUUCUUACACCCUUUC